AUGGCUCCCAAGAACCUACCGCCCGCAGCCAAGCAAGCAAAGAUUCUGGAGUGGUUUCGAACCUCCAUGGGAGUCUAUUCCUUCAAAGAACUUGAGAAACUACUCCCAUCUGUCGGCUCGAUCAAUGGCAUGCUAGUGAAAGAAUACAUCCAAGCGCUCACAGACGAGAAUUUGAUCCGCGUCGAGAAAAUUGGAAGUGGCAAUUGGUAUUGGUCAUUUACCUCAGAUGCCAAGAAAAGCAAAGAAAAUCUGAUCAACAAAUUGAAGGAUGAGGAAACUAAAUUGCUGGCUUCAAUUGCGGUUGCUGAACAAGAGGUUAAAAAGGAAAUGACAAAACGUCAAGAGGACGAUGAAAUGCUCCUUGAUGGUGGAUCAGACCGACACGCUUUGAUGGACGCUUAUGAGGCUCUUGUGAAGGAGAACGACGCUCUUGAUAAGGAAUUGGAUCUCUACAGUGAUAACGAUCCUGCUGAGAUCUUUCGAAAAAUGGAGGAAACAAACAAACUUAAGGAGAGCACUGUAAGAUGGACCGACAACCUUGAAUCACUCGAAUCAUUCUUGGUCAGCUUGACGGGAGACCGAGCUCAAGCUGGAGAGAUCAUGUAUCGAGCAUGUGGCGAGGACUAUGUAGUCGGAGAAGGGCUGAAAGAAUUAGCGGUCCCAAAUUAG